AUGGCGGCGGUGAGAGCAGCAGCCUCGGCGCUCGAUGACGUGUGUGCGUCGGUUGAGGAGGACUUGCCCCGUGCCAUACCAGAGAAUCCUGGCAUAUCCGACAUGCUGCGCCAAGGAGAUGGUCAAGCCGGAGCACACCGUAUGCUGGCGAAGUAUGGCACGACCGAGACGCAUGAAUGGAUGACGCGACAGUUGCAGAAGUCGAGUGAGAGCAUCCUUCCCGUCGGCGAGUACACGGCUGUCCUCGAGCAGGUGGACGCUUACCGCAGCUCGAUGCUGGGCUUCAUGGAGAACUAUGAUGUAAUCAUCUGUCCUGUAUCGUCGUUUGCCGCACUGCCGCACGGCGAAUCCAUGAUGGACAAGAACCGUGCCGGCAUGAAUUACACUGCUACCUACAACAUCACGGGCUGGCCCUCGACAGUGGUACGCGGCGGCACAUCGCCGGAUGGCCUGCCUAUCGGGAUUGACUUAACCGGUGGACUGGCUGGGGUGAACUAUGCCGGUCCCAUAGUCCAUUGCUACGCCACUGGCAGGGUGACGGGAAGGACAGACAUCGGCGGACUGGUCGGACGCAAUUGGGGCGCCGUCUCUGCUACGUACGCCACCGGCAGUGUAUCCGGCGUACAUAUAACGGGUGGAUUGAUUGGGGCAAACGAAGGCACACUCAUUGCAAGCUACUCCACGGGGAGAACGAGGGGGAAAUAUCUUUCCGGUGGCCUGAUUGGCGCAAAUGGCGGCACCUUAUUCGCCGUCUAUUCCACAGCGAGAACGUCGGGAGAACGAGCGACUGGCGGUCUGGUAGGCAUCAACGACGGCACCAUCAUCGAAAGCUUCUGGGACAUCGAAAAAUCGGAUACGUCGGUAGGCGUAGGCGCGGACGACCGCAAUAGGGACGGCAGAGUGGGCAGCGGCGACAUCGGGAGGCACACACUUGGAGUGAAGGGGCGCAGAACGCGACAAUUACGGUCGCCAACGGGCUAUACGGGCAUCUACAUCGACUGGGAUAGAGACUUCGACAAUGCAGACGGGGACUUUGACGAGGGUACGGGUGGAGAAGAUUUCUGGGACUUCGGCACUUCGGGGAACUAUCCACUGCUAAAGGCUGAUUCCGACGGUGACGGUAUCGCCAACUGUCAGCCCAACGCCAACGAAUACGGCUACACCAACACUGACACUGACGCCAACGCCGACACAUACUGCAACCGCCACCUCCACGCCAACGAAUACGGCUACACCAACACCAACAGCUACGCCCACGCCCACACCGACUCAUACGCCCACGCCGACUGA